UGUGUUAUUGUAGUGAUGUCAGUCAGAAUGGCUUCUCCACUUGGUCUGGUGUUUCUGCUCAUGAUUCAUGGAGUUUAUGGGCAGUGUGAUUGGGGUGUGAGUUAUGGCUCUUCACACAUCUGUGCAAUAAAGGGGUCAACAAUGACAAUCUACUGUGCUUAUAAAUACCCUACUGGAUAUGAGAUCAGGAAAGCGUUCUGGACCAAAACAAAUGGAUGCUAUCAAGAUCUCUUAGAGGACCCUGAAUACAGUCAGAGGCUUCAGUAUCUGGGAGAUAAACAGCAGAACUGCACCAUCAGACUGAGUCAAGUGACACAGAAGGAUUCACACAUGUACUAUUUCAGAUUCAUCACUUAUAAACCUGAUGGAAAGUGGACUGGUAAACCAGGAGUGAAUCUUACUGUGACAGAUCUUCAGGUGGAGGCUCCUGAGACAGUGACAGAGGGAGAUUCAGUCCGUCUCACAUGUAAAAGCAGCUGCGCUCUGACUGACAGAGCAACAUUCAUCUGGUACAGAAACUCACAGCCAUUAACUGAGAGAAGAGACAGAAACAAUCAACUCCUGCUGCAGUCAGUCAGAAGAGAGGAUGCAGGCAGAUACAGCUGUGCUCUACAUGGACACAGUUACAUCUCUCCUGCUGUUUAUCUCAGUGUCACGUAUGCACCAAAGAGUGUCUCAGUGUCCAUUAGUUCAUCUGGUGAAAGAGUGGAGGGAGAUUCAGUGACUCUGAGCUGCAGCAGUGAUUCAAACCCACCUGCAGAAAUCAGCUGGUUUAAAGAAGGAACGUUUGUAGGAUCUGGAAGAAUCUACAGCAUCUCAAAGAUCAGCUCUGAUCACAGUGGAGAAUACAAGUGCAAGUCCAGCAAUGAACAUGGAGAGAAAUACUCUGAUAUUGUGACUUUAAACAUCAUGUAUCCUCCAAAGAUUGUAUCAGUGUCCAUCAGUCUAUCUGGUGAAAUAGUGGAGGGAGAUUCAGUGACUCUGAGCUGCAGCAGUGAUUCAAACCCACCUGCAGAAAUCAUCUGGUUUAAAGGAGGAAUGUUUGUAGGAUCUGGAAGAAUCUACAGCAUCUCAAACAUCAGAUCUGAUCACAGUGGAGAAUACAAGUGCAAGUCCAGAAAUAAUCAUGGAGUUAAAAACUCUGAUGCUGUGACUUUAAACAUCAUGUAUCCUCCAAAGAGUGUCUCAGUGUCCAUUAGUCCAUCUGGUGAAAUAGUGGAGGGAGAUUCAGUUACUCUGAGCUGCAGCAGUGAUUCAAACCCACCUGCAGACAUCAGCUGGUUUAAAGGAAGAACAUCUGUAGGAUCUGGAAGAAUCUACAGCAUCUCAAAGAUCAGCUCUGAUGACAGUGGAGAAUACAAGUGCAAAUCCAGAAAUAAACAUGGAGAGAAAUACUCUAAUACUGUGAUGCUGAAAGUGAUGUAUGCUCCAAGAAAUGUAGUGGUGUCCAUCAGUCCAUCUGGUGUAAUAGUGGAGGGAGAUUCAGUGACUCUGAACUGCAUGACUGAUUCAAACCCACCUGCAGAAAUCAUCUGGUAUAAAGGAGGAACAUUUGUAGGAUCUGGAAGAAUCUACAGCAUCUCAAAGAUCAGCACUGAUGACAGUGGAGAAUACAAGUGCAAGUCCAGAAAUAAUCAUGGAGUUAAAAACUCUGAUGCUGUGACUUUAAACAUCAUGUAUCCUCCAGUGAAACCAAUGAUCUCCAUUAGCCCAUCUGUUAAUAUAAUGGAAGGAGAUUCAGUUACUCUGAGCUGCAGCAGUGAUUCAUACCAACCUGCAGAAAUCAGCUGGUUUAAGGGAAGAACAUUUGUAGGAUCUGGAAGAAUCUACAGCAUCUCAAACAUCAGCUCUGAUCACAGUGGAGAAUACAAGUGCAAGUCCAGAAAUAAACUUGGAGAGAAAUACUCUGAUGCUGUGACUUUAAACGUCAUGUACCCACCUAGGAACGUCUCAGUGUCCAUCAGUCCAUCUGGUGAAAUAGUGGAGGGAGAUUCAUAAUUUUAUUCAUCAGCC